AAAUAAAACGCUGGCAGCUGGGCUCUUAUUGUGAAGGUCCCGGUCUGGCGCCCCCUGUCGGCGGCGGAGUGUAGCGGCAGCUGGGCUCUUAUUGUGAAGGUCCCGGUCUGGCGCCCCCUGUCGGCGGCGGAGUGUAACUGCAGCUGGGCUCUUAUUGUGAAGGUCCCGGUCUGGCGCCCCCUGUCGGCGGCGGAGUGUAACUGCAGCUGGGCUCUUAUUGUGAAGGUCCCGGUGUGGCGCCCCCUGUCGGCGGCGGAGUGUAACUGCAGCUGGGCUCUUAUUGUGAAGGUCCCGGUCUGGCGCCCCCUGUCGGCGGCGGAGUGUAGCGGCAGCGGCGCUGAAUGCCCGUCCUCCUCUUCUUCUUCUCCCAGCAGCGGCUCCGCGCUGUUUCUAUUCCCGGAGAGACCGCCUCCAUUUUAGCACCGACACCCGGCGGAGGAGCAGCGGCUCUCAGCGGACUCAGCGGCCGGCGGAGGGACACGCUCCUGCGGCGGCGGUGGCUUUAAUUCCUCGGGCGUGAAUCAGCCGUUUUUUCCUGGGAUGGCGGCGCUGCGGCAGGACGCAGCCGGGGCGGCGGUGGCUUUGUGAGGAUUUAACGGGCUGUUUUCUGCGGUGAGAUUUCUUGAUUUAACGGAGGAGAGGAGCGGGAGGAUCGGCUUCGGAGGGUCAGCAGGAGCUAACAACCGAGCCACAGUGAGCGGACUCUGGUCUGCAGGAACCACUUCCUGUCUGCCGAGGGGCGGAGUCAGAGCUGCACCAGCUUCUCUGCGAGGAUGUGGCAGUGAGCAUGCUCAGAGCGCUGAUCAUUACCAUGGCGAUAUUCGGCGCCAGCCAAGCGUGCGGCGGUCAGGACAACUGCUCCGACAACAGCGAGUCCAAGGACUACUGUUACUCGGCUCGCAUCCGCAGCACGGUGCUGCAGGGGCUGCCGUUCGGAGGAGUGCCCACUGUGCUCGCCCUCGACUUCAUGUGCUUCCUGGUGCUGCUCUUCGUCUUUUCCAUUCUACGGAAAGUUGCGUGGGACUACGGCCGCCUGGCGCUGGUCACCGACGCCGACAGACUGAAGAAGUGUUUCAGCGACCUGGAGGAGCGGGAAUACGUUGCCUCGGCGAUGCACUCAGAGACGCCCGAUCGGUACGAACGCCUCACGUCCGUCUCCAGCUCCGUCGACUUCGAUCAGAGAGACAACGGCUUCUGCUCGUGGCUGACGGCCAUCUUCAGAAUAAAGGAUGAAGAGAUCAGGGAGAAGUGUGGUGAGGACGCCGUUCACUAUCUGUCCUUCCAGCGUCACAUCAUCGGCCUGCUGGUCGUCGUCGGCGUCCUCUCUGUCGGCAUCGUCCUGCCCGUCAACUUCUCCGGAGACCUGCUGGAAAACAACGCCUACAGCUUCGGACGCACCACGAUAGCCAACCUGAAGUCCGGGACGAAUCUGCUGUGGCUGCACACUUCGUUUGCCUUCAUGUAUCUGCUGCUGACCGUCUACAGCAUGAGGAGACACACGUCCAAGAUGCACUACAAGGAGGACGACCUGGUGAAACGUACUUUAUUCAUUAACGGCAUCUCUAAAUACGCAGAAGAGAGUCAGAUAAAACAGCACUUUGAGCAGGCGUAUGAGAACUGCACGGUGCUGGAGGCUCGGAUCUGCUACAACGUGGCCAAACUGAUGUCUCUGAACGCCGAGAGGAAGAAGACGGAGCGCAGUAAGAAGUUCUUCACCGACCUGAUGGCGAAGGAACACGUUCCCACCAUGAUCAACCCCAAACCCUGCGGGCACCUCUGCUGCUGCGCCAUCACCGGCUGCGAGGAGGAGGAGGCGGUCAGCUACUACACCAAGAGGGAGGCCAAGCUGAAGGAGGAGUACAGGAAGGAGAAGGAGAAGGUCCACACCAAACCGCUGGGCAUGGCCUUCGUCACCUUCCAGAACGAGGCCAUGACUGCCAUUAUUUUGAAGGACUUUAAUGCCUGUCAGGUUCAGGGUUGUCGGUGUCGUCAGGAGCCAGGAUCCUCUCAGUUCAGCGAGGUUCUCCACAUUCACAACUGGAGCGUUUCGUACGCGCCCGACCCGCAGAACGUCCGCUGGGAACACCUGUCGCUAGGCGGGAUCUCCUGGUGGAUCCGCUGCUUCAUCAUCAACUGCAUCCUCUUCAUCCUGCUCUUCUUCCUCACAACGCCUGCCAUCAUCAUCUCCACCAUGGACAAGUUCAACGUCACCAAGCCUGUCGAGUAUCUCAACAAUCCCAUCGUCACUCAGUUCUUCCCCACUCUGCUGCUCUGGGCUUUCUCUGCUCUGCUGCCCACCAUCGUCUACUACUCUGCCUUCUUCGAGGCUCACUGGACCAGGUCUGGAGAAAACAGGACGACGAUGCAUAAAUGUUACACCUUCCUGAUCUUCAUGGUCCUGCUGCUGCCGUCUCUCGGACUCAGCAGUCUGGAUGUUUUUUUCCGCUGGCUCUUUGAUAAGAAGUUCCUGGCUGAUGCCAAAGUCAGAUUUGAGUGCGUCUUCCUGCCGGAUAACGGAGCAUUCUUCGUCAACUACGUCAUCGCCUCGGCAUUCAUCGGGAACGCCAUGGACCUGCUGAGGAUCCCCGGUCUACUCAUGUACAUGAUCCGGCUGUGCCUGGCUCGCUCCGCUGCAGACCGCCGCAACGUCAAGAGGCACCAGGCCUAUGAGUUUCAGUUCGGAGCGGCGUACGCCUGGAUGAUGAACGUCUUCACGGUGGUGAUGGCCUACAGUAUCACCUGCCCCAUCAUCGUCCCCUUCGGUCUGAUGUACAUGCUGCUGAAACACCUGGUGGACCGAUACAACAUGUACUACGCCUACCUGCCCUCCAAACUAGACAAGAAGAUCCACUCCGGAGCCGUCACCCAGGUGGUGGCUGCACCCAUCCUCUGCCUCUUCUGGUUGCUCUUCUUCUCCACUGUACGCACAGGUUUCGAGACACCGACGUCCAUGUUCACCCUGGUGGUGCUGAUCGUCACCAUCGUGGUCUGUCUGUCUCACGUCUGCUUCGGACACUUCAAGUACCUCAGCGCUCAUAACUACAAGAUCGACACCAAGGAGAACGACGUGGACGCCGUUGAGAACGGACGUCCAGUUCGUCCCUCGUCCUCCCCCACCACCAAAUCUCAGCAGCAGCAGCAGCAGCAGCAGCAGCAGAUGUACAUUGCCCAAGUUCUCCAGGACCCAAACUCAGACGAGCCGGGCGGUGGCAGCGGCGAGGAGGACCGAGGGUCGUCCCAGGACGAGGAGAUGCUGAACGGAGGGAACAGCAUCAAUGAGGCGGAUUUUCAGUCAGGGGAGGACAGUCUGAUCGCCAACGAGGUCCGCCAGUAGCUGCGGGUGGAGCUAGAGGGAGGGGGCGGAGCUAGUUGAAGGUUCAUACCCACACAACAGUUAGAAAAUAAAGCUGAGUGUAGAAUCACUACACACACAAACACGCAUACAGAUAGACUAACACAGGUAGCUCCACCUCCUCCCAGCUCGAAGACUUGACCCUGACCUUUGACGCCGGCGCCGGCUCGCCAACAUCCAGUCCUGCACGUCUGUGGAAAAUUGACGGACAUCAAUCUGUCUCCACAGGAAGUCACUGUACAUAACCUCAAAGCCAAAAGUUUUUCUUUUUGUUUUGUAUUUUUCUCGGGGUGUGGGACGGGGUUUAAAAAUUCGUGCCUGGGCUGGAUUUUGUUCGUUCGCACUCGUGUCUUGACUCCUGAUCCCACCGCGGGUCGUCCGGGACUCGACCUGUCGAGGGGUCAAAGCUGAUGCUGACACUAUCUAUCUUUUUCCUUGGCCUGGUGGACGCCUCCAAACAAACGCCCGCCGUCGCUAUCGUCCUCUGAUAUCGGAGUGCUAAAUAAGUCGCCAACCGCCAGCUCUCGUAGUGGUAGAAGCCUUGCUUGCGCAGACGCAUCGCAGUCUCCCUUUCCUGUUCGCCGUUUUCCUCUUUCUUUUUGUGGAACCUGUGGAUCAUGAAUUUUGCCGGUAUGUUCAACACAUCACCUGGAAGUUCUGGGUUUUUUGACCUGCCAAGCUUUCGCUGCAUGUUGUUAAAAGUGCUGUCUGGGUUAAUGACGUCGCCACCUUCGGACAUUGUCAUCUAACGCUGGACCGUAGUGGCCAAUGAACUCGCCAGAUUUCCACCACGAUCUCAGCAGCACAUCCUCCUACCUGCCGGACGAGAGUUUUCGGCUACACUUUCCACUUAAGUUGGACUGCUCCUCGACCGCCGAACCACUGGACUCAACACGAGGAGGCUCUCUUUUCUGGUUUUGAUUUCACCCGAACUACCUUAAAUCAUGAACACCUGACAAAGGGAACGGGGAUAUUUGUGUCUGUGUAGGUUUAGCAAUCAAAACUCUUUUCAUUCAUGGGGAGAACUUUGUGACGACGCUCUGACACAGCAGCAGUAGUCGAGUAGUUUGAGCUCGGGUAGACGCAGAAGAGCAGCGCUUUUCGUCCGGACGGUCUACCCUCAACACCUGAAGCUGUCAGGACUCUCAAGGGAAAAUGUUUUCUGUUUGUGUGUGUUUUGAAGUGUGCACUGUCUGUGUGUCCAGUAGCUUAUUGUACACCAACCCGCACCAUGAAGGGUUCAACAACAUCACCAGGUAACCAAAAACACCCCGACAUCUGGUCAACAAGUUCCAGUGCUUCUCAAACCGGUCAGUCUAUUGUAGAAUUAGUUCACCGAACUGUUUUCCUUCACUUUGGCACGGAAAUGUCCAUGUUUAGAAGGAAUACGAAUCACGUUUGACUUUCACAUCUACAAAUGUCAACAAAGUCUGUUUUUACUGCAUUACUGCUGCAGUUCAAGCCUAAACGGUCAAAUUAUAUUCAGUCCAACUGAAAUCACUUUGUUAGUCAGAUGAUUUCAUCUCUGUGUGUCCAAUACAGAGACAGGUCCAGUACGUGUUUAGCUAAGCUUGGCACAAAGAACCGUUAGCCUAGCUUCAUCAAAAGAGGAAAAAAAAUCCCUGUCACACAACUCCAAGUCGGAUUUACAUGUUGUAUCUUCUUGUUAGCUUUAGAGACAAAGAUAGAAGCUAACAAUUAGUAACGUUUGAGAUUAGUUUAGAGUUAGCUUCUAAGUCUUGAUUGGGUUUAUUCCAAGUGUCUGAUUUACGUGUUGGAUCCUGUUAGCUAACCAGCUAGUCACCAGUCCAUCCGGUAGUCAGCUUCGUUUAGUUGACUAGAGCUGGGGGUCAAGAGCCAGACUAUAACUCUAAGCUAAUUUAGUUUGAUAUUAAGCCCUAAAUAUUAGCUUCUAUCUAGUACUUGUUGAUCUCAUGUGCUUCUCAAAGACAAAAAGAAAAUUGUUAUUUCCUGAAUGAACAUUGUUUCUGCUCCAACAUGUGCUUAGCAUAAAGACUUCAGCACAAGAGACAAAAAAUACACCUUCUAACAACAAGUCUGUCUGAUUUACUUGUUGUAUGUUCUUGUUAGCUGCUAUCUUUGCAUCUAAAGUUAACCAAACUGGGCCUAGAAGAUGAUAUUUCGGUCUUAAUCUUGAACUUUACCAAUUGUUAGAGUUAGCUUCUAGGUCUUGACCCCUGGCACUAGCCAACAAAACCAAGUUGACUUUUGGAUGGAUUUGUGACUAGCUUGUUAGCCAACUAGUCUGUUUAUUUCAAUGCAGUUGCCGCAAUCAACUUUUUAUGAAGCUAGGCUAGGUUUUCCCCUGCUUCCAGUCUUUGUGCUAAGCUAGGCUAAACACAUCUUGGACCUAUCUGUCAAAAAAGCGAUCCGGAUAUGUUUUCUCUUUGUCCUGAAUUGAAAUUGAACGGAGUACUGAAUUAUCAUAUAGCCGCACCUCGAGAGGAUUGUUUUAAGAAAGUUAAAUUUGAGAAUUUACUCAAACUUCACGUGAAAAUAAGGCUUCAGCUGCAGCGCCGAUGCACAAUAUUUACAAGAUGGAGGGAGGUUCAGUCGUCACUUUCCUAUGAUUCUCGCGGUUUCUGAUGAUGUGUGCUAGUCGGCGCCUGUUUCUUCUGAUUGGAGGAUUUUGGAGGGAAAACUGCCAUCUUCACUUUAAACGACCUACCGCUGCUUUCUCAAGCUGUAACUCCUCAUAUCUCCUGCUGAUCUCUGGUUUCAAUUCAUUUCUAUGAAAACCAAGUUUAAGUGACCCCAUAUGCAAUUUUUAAAGGACAAAAAAAAGCUUUUCAUUUCUACCCCGCAACCAAUGACAACUAUUGCCGCACACUGUAGCUCCCUUAAGUGCAAUUUAUUGGCACAUCCAACACUGACGUUUCGAACUACCGCUCUUCUUCAGACUAGCCAACAAUAAAUUGCACUUCAGGGAACUACAGUGUGCGGCCCCCUUUUUCAUGUUUUCAUUGCGGUCUUCUGCUGGUCCAGCACCUGCUUUACACAGUUUGAUGUGCUUAAAAUGACACCUGCAGCCAGCAGAUUUGAGCAGCUGUAGCUAGCUAGCUAAUGAAGCUAACAUUAGCUCCGUGACUUGGUUGAAAACUCUGUCUCAGUCUAACUUUUUAAUGUUUCCAGCUGACUAAUUUUAAAACAAGAAGCCUGUAAAAAGUUGCAUUAUGGGAAAUGGAGUUUGACUCACACCAGUGGUCAGGAUAUUUCCACCCCUGCUGCUCAGAUUGGGACCGUUCUUUUUUGAAAAGUCUCUUUUGAGUCUCCCUAACGGAGUCUCCCUAUCCUUAUGGAUAGGACAUACUAAAUCAAAGGAGUGCCCGUUUAAGUCAAGGUCCACUUACUAGAUUUUGAAAAGCUAGUAAGUGGACCGUGACCUUUAGAUAAUUUUGUCAAACGACUAUUUCCGAGGUCCGAGGAGAACCUCCUUGUGUUGCCUUCUUUAGUGUUUACACUAAGAUGAAUUGGCGUCACCAGGGAUGAUUUGCCUCUGAUCUGCCCCCUAGUGGACAAACGUAUUAAUCCUCAAAGGACAAAGUGCUUAAAUUACUCCGACGAGUACAAAAGCACUUUGCAGCUGCUUGUCUGCGCACAUGUGUAGUUAAAAAGUGAGGAGGUUACAGGCUCACCACCGCCACCGUUAUCAGUUGCCAUGGCAACAGAAACAGGAAGCCGACCCGGCUGGCGGCAGCAUCAUCAGGAAGCGAGGGGAACACUUUCAAAUAAUAACACAAACGCUUCAGUGCAGCGACGUGACGCCGAAAUAGUCUCAGGAGUUUUGUUUUCCUAAAAUAAUGUUUACAUCAGUUUUUGUUUGCUAUUUUUAAUUUUUGUCAUAUUCUGCAGAGUGUGUGUGUGUGUGUGUGUGUGUGUGUAUACUUGCUACAUAGUGAAGACUGAAACAUGUUUUUUACCUACAGAGUGAGGACAUUUUUGGAAAGUGAGGACAUUUUGGCCGGUCCUCACAACUUCAAAUGGCUGUUUGAAGGUUAAGACUUGGUUUGAAGGGCGAGGUUAGAGUGAGGGGCGAGGGAAUGCAUUAUGUCACUGACGGUCCUCACAAAGAUAGAAGUACAAGGAUGUGUGUGUGGACACAGAGCUGGACUAUGAAAGCUGUAGCCACCAGGACAUCGGCGUCGGUCGGCGUCGGCCGGUGGCUACACGCCGGAGAACCUACAGCGUUUGUGUCCAGAUGAUGUUUUUUGAAUUUAGUUUCCUCUUCACCUCCGGUGGGGCGUCUGCUGUCGGGCGCCCCGCUGUGAUUGUACGCACACGAAACUGAAACUGAAGGAGAGCUCAAGGAUCUGGAUCUGAGGUCUGAAUCUGAGACCGGAGGUUCGGUUCAGCAGCUCUCAACCCGACAGUCUGGAAAAUCUCUGAGAGACUGAUUUUGUUUUCGGAGGCUGGAGGAGCCAAGAGUGCGUGAUUUCUUUAGAUCCGAAUACAAAAUGAGGCUCGUAUUUAAUUUAACCAUCUCGUUACCCUAAAAUAAAGACUUGAGCAUUGUGUGGUCUCCUGGCUGUGUUGAAACAGACCGAACAAGAACCUGAUCAAUAAAUCCUGAUCCAGGUCCACUUUCUAGAUGCGUAAAAGCCUGUAAGUGGACCUUGACUCGAGAUAAUUUUGUCCAGUGUUGCCAUUUGUAGUUAUGUUUACGUUACGACAUUAUCUCUAACAGAACCUGAUCAAUAAAUCCUGAUUAUUGGAGUUAAAAACUAAACAAGAGACAUCAGCGGGAACCAGAAUCAGUGACUUUUUAUAUUAGGCGAAAAAAAAACUUUUCACGUUAUAUACAAACUUAUAUUUAAAUAACGCGAGAACAGAACAGAUACAAGAGUUUGUGGCAUUCAGUGUCCCAAAUAUUAAAUGGCAACAACAGUUCUUCAUCUUCCAGCAGGCUGAAAGGGUUAAAACAUCCUCGCACGGGGUCAAAGGUCGACCUGUUCUGGGACUGAAGAGGGUUGAGAGCUGCUGCGUUCACUGACGGCUCGGUGCUGUAGGAACUGAAGACGCUCGUUUAAAAAAAACAAAGUGUGAUAUUUUUGUAACCUGCUGACUGAAGUAUUUGAUACUGAACUCGUAUUGAAGAAACGUUGAUAGCUGUGACGAUGCUGUUGUAACAUGUAACUCAAAGUUUAAUAAUCAGCCGCUGCUUUUUGCUUUUCUUAGUUUUUUAAAUUGUUGCUGAAGUUAUUGAAGUUGUAAAAACACAAAUGUGAACUGCAGACAGACGAGUGAAAUGAAACGUCGGCUCCUGAAAAUGAAAAACGUGUAAAAUAAAAUGUGUGUAAAUAGCCAUUGAACUGCACUGUCGUCCUCAGAGACCAACGCGACUCAGCGUCUCGUGUCACAGACUCAAUGCUAACAGUCUAUUGGUCCGUUUCAUGCGUUUAAUUUAUUACUGUGACACUAUUUAUUUUUACUUUGGUCUCCAGGUUGUGUGUACAGUGAAACAUUUGUCCUAUUUAUGUUACUUGAUCAAUAAAAUUGGCUUUCAUCUG